CCUCAAUCCUUUUCUAUAAACCACCAUGUCAGCCCCGAGCUCCAGUGCACAGUCUGAACAAACCAAUACUCAGGAGGAAAUUGGUCUUGUGCAGUCACUCAACCUUGCACCGCAUGUGUCAGCAAGACUACUUGAUGAGCUUGCAGGUCUCAGACGUCUGUCUAAUAUGUCACUGAGAACAAUGCUAGGAUACUUUGCCGCUCGUAGGACUGCCACGGAUAAACUUGGUCAGGAAAUAGGAAUGGAAAGAAGGGAAGAGGCAGUGAACCGCAGCCCUGAGGUUAUUGCAGCGUAUAUUCGUCACAAGCAAGUCAUAGAGGAUGGUAUGGAUUUAACCCGCUCUACGUAUGAGUGUGUUCCGCUUACUCAAGCGAACACCUUGACAGAAUGGUAUAUGAGAAAGCUUAGUCGAAACGCCUCCAGCUAGAGGUCUUACCCUGUAG